AUUGCUCGUUGCUAGCUUGCUGCGGGUGCAGAGCCUAGCUGGGGGAGAGAAAUCGUGGGAGAAGCAGAAUCCGAGCGAUAAAAGAAGAAGUAAAGUUAAAGAUCGAUUAACAUCAGGUAACGUGGAAGAAAGGACACGAACAGGUAUCACCAGCAAAUUGGCAACAGCUUUUCUCUCCCCUGGCUCUCCAGUGCGUGUAAGGACAUCGGCCACUAUAAAUAUACAUAUAAUUAUAUUUACAUUAAUAUAUUUAUCAUAUCUUAAAAUCACCGAGUGCCUCUCUGCCUGAUCAAGCAUUCUUUUCCGCCUGCAUCUUCACCAGUGCAAAAACAUUGUCAACACCAGCAAGACAGAAGAAACAAAUCUCAAGUUUCCAGAUGCACCACAGCUACCAAAGCUUCAACUGAUAACUUGCAACUGUGCUUUAUUGAGUUUGACGCCCCCCAGAAUCCGCCGUAUCCGAGCUUCUGGUUAGCCUCUAAACUCUUCAUCCAUCAUCAGCAUUGUUCUCGUCCACUAAAGAAAGCUAUAAACAGCACUUAGCAACAUCAUGGCCUCCAUCACGCAGUUGUCCGAGCCCGAGAUCCCAGACAACCACAAGGAGAGCUGGCUGGCACUACUUUCUGCAGUGGAAACAUACUGCCAAAAGUCAGGCUGCGACCUGGCCAUACUGACAGCCUGCAAGAAGUUCCGGUCGUCGGCGGGCGAUGGCGACGGGGUGAGGAAACGGGACAGCAGCAGUGCCUUUCCGAGGGAGUGUGAUUUCUCCUACAGCAUCUGGGGUCAGGGGUUCCUGGCCGAGUCGGCGCGCCGCUACAUGGACGACAUCGGCGUGCUGCACUCCACGACCAUGCUAACAGCCCACAAGCACACACGCCAGUCCGGGGUGGGAGGAACCAAGCUGGUGGUUGACCUGACCUCUGACCCGGGACACAGGGGGAGCUUUACGGGUGACGGUGGGGUGGGCGGAGUCAGCCCCAACGGCAGACAGUUCUCCCAGAACUACCCGUCAAUCUACAGCUCGGGAGCUGGUACCGGGCAGGGCGCCGGGCAGAACGGGAACGAAGAGAGGGAGAGUAGCAUGCUGGAGGCCGAGCGAGGGAGACAGGGCCCUGGGAUCGUGGAUUUGGAAGAAGAGUGCGAAGACGAGGAAGAGGAGGAGGACAUGGAUGAGAGGAGACCCUAUGGGAAUGAAAGUGCAGGUAUGUUCUCGAUGGACGAGGACUCUCUGUCUCGGGACUGUGAGCCGUUCUUUGAAUCUGACGGGGAGGAGGAGAGCACUGAUGGCUCUUUGAGUGAGGACGCCCCACCCCCUCCUCGUGGCAUGGCCAUGGGUCAUUCUGCGUACUCACACCGUCACGCCCACCCCAUGGCUCUGGCCCGCUCGCUGCCUGUAUCUGUGCCCGUGUGGAGCUUGCGAGGAACCCGAGGUGCUCAGGGAGACGGCAACAGCGGAGAGCGGAACAAUGGCGAGUGUUAUCACGUUGGAGUUGGAGCAGAUAGAUGUUGAGGAGCAAUUACUUUUUCUUAAAGAGCUGCAACGAAGAAAAGAAAGACGUUUGAGGAGGUGGUCUGUUCGAUCAUUAAACCGGAGCCACGCUGUCGAUUUGACCCAGAAGCAUGAAUUGGGCUUGUAAUAUUCUGGAGCCCGUGUCUCAAAGUGAGGUGAGGGGAUUAGUCUGAUGUAUUCGGCCUUAAAUCAAGAUUAAGUUGAAGUUUGAAACCAGGUGAAUAGAUCAACCGAUUAUCUAUGAGCGAUCCAAAAUGCCACAGCUAGACCUCUCGAUGGGUCCAACAGAUGCUCCCAUUCUUACUUCUUUUAACCUACACAUUUAGUUUAAAAUUCCCAUUCUUACUACCCAAACACUGCACCAGCAAGACCCUACAUAUCUCACGGAUCUCCUCCACCUUUAUUAAUCCGCUCUCUCUCUCAGAUCUGACAAGUUAAAUCUAUUACAUUUCCCACACAGCUCCCUAAAGACGUGUGGUGACAUGGCUUUUGAGAAAAUAGCACCAAAGUUGUAAAAUGCCCUACGUAUAUUUUAAAGGUUUGUUGAUUCUGUGGGAUCAUUCAGAAAAAAGUUUAAACAGGCAUUCAGGUUAUUUACAGUAUGUGUACCAGAUCUGUGUCUCUAUCCACUACUACUGGACUCUAUAUGAUUCUAUUUAGUGUGUAUGUGUGUGUUUGCUCUCUGUUUCUUAUGGUAGAACCCUGUUUAUAACUUCUUUGGCCCUGUAAAGCACUUUCAUCAGAUAAUUUACCAGUCCUAAUAACAAGAGGGGACUCAUGAGACUCAGCGAAAGUAAAAGUGUUCUCACCCUCAGAGUUUAUUAGAACAAAGAUCAACACGAGUUAUGAAUGAAACAUUUUAGCCCAAAAAAAUUCAUGCAUUAUCAUCAUUGACUGAUUUUUUUCCCAUAAAAGCAAAACAUGUAAAAAUGUACUCUCUUUGUAAAAUCCUUUUGUAAAAAAUCCCUACACUCAUUAACAGCGUUAUCUUCUAAUAUGUGAAUAUUACUGCUCAUGUUUCUGGAGCUAAUCUAGGUUAGUAAUUCACUCAGCCGAGGAGGAUAUGUUUUUCAUCAGUGUCUGUCCGACUGUCCUAAACUCCUGAACCCUUUUCCAUGAAACUUUGUGGAGGGGUGAGGCAUGACCCGAGCAAGAACCCAUUACACCCGGGCGGGCCACACCGAGUGCAUGUGACGGCUGUGUUGCUGAUCUGCUUGUGCAAGUGCUUGUAUGCGUUAGUUGCUCAAACUGGGCACGUGUCUGCUGUGGAGCGGCUCCGUGAGGUUUCUGUAAUGAUUUCUGAGUUUCCUCGAAUAAAAGUAGGUCCAAGUACUGACUAAACGCCAGGACUGUAGCUGUGCAACUUCCGGUCCUACAAUAACCUAUUAAAAACAUUGUUAAAACAAAUGAAUGGAUUCAUUUACAGAAACACUUUUACUUUGAAACAGGGACAAGCGGCAUAGCAAAUAUAUACGUUUGUUACAUAUUUGCCAGAUAUAGACAUUGAAACCGCCAUAAAGGAUCAGACAUCAAAAAUAUCAGACAUAUUUAAAUGUUUAAAGGAGACGUUUGUGAGUGUGAGCAGAUCCAAAUAAAAUGUGGAUCCAGUGACUUUAUUCUAGUUUUGAUAUUUUUUCCUAAUUCAGAAUAGAACUGCAAAUCAGUAGGAAAGUGUAGAAACGAUGGUCUGAAAAGUUCCAUUUAAGAGCGUUUUGGAUGUUUUAAUAAUUCACUAAUAUGGUGACAAUGUAGACGUCAGUGAGUCUCCAAUACAUUUUAAGAAUUGAGUGUUUGUAAAUCUGCUGCUGCGUCAUCCACCACAACGAGUGGCUGAGAGUUGUUUUUUCUCUCCGUCAAAUAGACAAUUUCGUUUAACUUUAACCUUUUAGAAUAUAUUCUACAGAUGAAGUAAACAUUUUCUGCUUCCAUUAGUUAAAUUUAAAUAACCACAACUAAUUGUCCUAAAAGAAACAGGUAAUGAAAGAACUGAUGAAUGAAACGAGCUGUUUGUUUGUUUAUGAUGCUGAUGCUGUUGCUGUUGUUGUUGUUGAUGCGGACAUGUUUCAUGGCGUCUAAAGACCAAGACAAAGAAACAAUUCACCUCUCAGUAUUCUGAUGCACCAGCUAAUGGCCACGACGAUUUCGUCUGUUCAUGUGACCGUAAAAGUAUGUCUGACAUUUGUGUGAGGUCAUGCUGGGAAAAUAUUAUACAACUAACCUCCCACAAAGAAUUUUUUCUGAGUGAACGAGCGACAGGAAUUUGGAUUUUCCCCUUUUACGUCCAGGUUCUCGUCUCUGACCCCCCAUGACCCUCCUGUGCCUUGUUAACACAGUCUCCUCUGUGUGUGUGUGUCCUCUAGGUGGGCUGUCCUGACUUGGAUCACAUCGCGGCCAGUAUGAAAGCCCUGCUGGCCCCCGGGGCCACCGACGGGACGGAAAUGUUCGGGGCCCUGCCUCGGCCCCGCCUCAACACCGGGGACUUCUCCCUG